AGAGCAAAGGAUCCCUCUGAUGGGCAGCUGACAGCAUCAGGCACUGCAGCAGGAAGAGAUGAUAUGAAGUGCUGUUAAUCCUCUGACACCGUGCCCUGGAUCCUCAUGGUAUGUCUGAAGGACACAUCUCUGCAUGUUCUGAAUAUGCCAGGUGAAGCCCAAGAAUAACUUUCCACGGGAGUUUGUGACCUCUUAAAGAGGAAGAAGUCAAAAGAGGGCAACUUUUAUUCUAUAUUUAGCCCUAGGUUGUCCUCAUGAAUACUCCCGUGGAGAAUGUCCAUGAUCUUCUUUGCCUGUGUGGUGAGGGUGAGGGAUGGGCUUCCCCUCUCAGCCUCCACAGAUUUCCAUCUCAACCAGGACUUUCUGGAGUGCAGGAAGAGGCUGAAGGCUCUGUCCUCCAUCCUGGCGCGGUACCCCAGUCGGGGCACGGCCAAAGGACGUAACCUCAGCAUCCAUUUCCUUUCUUCUGGGGAUAUUGCCUGCAUGGCAAUCUGUUCCAGCAGCUACUCAACCAUCAUGGCCUUCUGCUUCCUGGAAGAGCUUCGCUGGGAAUUUGCUGCUUCCUACAACACAAGGAGCAUCAAUUCAGCUUCCAGACCAUAUGCUUUUAUUGAAUUUGAUAACACCAUUCAGAAGGUGAAACACCAUUUCAACAGCAGCCGUGGCCCCAGGGCCAAGGGAGGCUGGGAGAGGGUGGAGGAGGAGCUGAAGCUGCAGCCCCCAGUGCAGCUGCAGCUGGAGGCCACGGAGCUGCUGAACGGGCUGAGCAAUGGAGGGCACGCAGGAGGCCAUGUGGAGGUUGUCCCUACUUACAGAAUGCAGCCUGUGACCCCCCUGGGGAUUCUGUCACUUGUUCUGAACAUCAUGUGUGGAGCUCUGAACCUCAUCCGAGGAGUUCACCUGGCAGAAUAUUCCUUUCAGGAGGACCAUGAAGGAAUUGGAAAUGUGAUAGCUUUUCUUCUACCUUUUCUAGCCUGUGUUUUUCAGUGUUACCUGUACCUCUUCUACAGCUCAGCCAGGAAGGUGAAGACAUUUGUGCUCCUUUUCUGUGUCUGUUCGUGCAACAUCUACUUGUAUGGAUUGAGGAACCUCUGGCAAAUCUCCUUCCACAUAGGAGUGGCUUCUCUUUCCUCUUACCAGAUCCUGACAAGGCAGCUCCUGGAGAAGCAGCCUGACUGUGGUGUAUGAAAAAAAACAAACUUGGGGGUUUGCUACUCUGUUUUUACAACUCUUUUUUUGUAUUCACCUGGCCAAAAAAUAGCUCAGAGUGUUUUUUAACCAUCCAUGGCAAUGGUUAUUGCAAGGAGAACAGCUCCAAGCAACUUGGGAUAAGUAGGAUCCUGUAAUUAUGUCCAGCACACAGCAAGGGGUGUGGCUGUAUUUCACAUGGUGGGGCUUGUCAGGUGUCACCACAGAUGGAAGUUCUUACCUUCAGCAGGCUUUUCCUCCUUGGCUGCCACCAUCCAGAGAGCAUUUUGCCAUUUGUCUCACUGGCUCUGUGAGAGCUGGGCAGGUCAGUCUUGCCCUGCUGCUGCAAAUACCCCAAUUGUGUAGAAAAACAAGGGUAAAGUGAUGGGUAACAUUUCUGUCUCUAGAUUGUCUUGGUGAAUGUGAGUAAAGGGGUUGUUUGCUGUAAUUAGGUGAGUGCAGAAUCAGUGGGGAAAAUGCUGAGGGUGAGCUUCAGGAUCAUUUUUCUAGGUUUGGAAGGACAGGGAAAGGCUGUGGCUCUUUUAUAAACCAUAAAGUCUAUAAAUAUCUCCUUGGCUGAACAGCACAUUGCAGUUUAGUGUGUGCUCAUGGGUUAAUUGCAAAUGUGCUUGGGGCAGCAGAAAAUAAUCCAAGUGGGUGUAAGUGAUCUGUCAGCUCUUGUGGCCUUUGUUUCCUUGGCUAAGGUCACUUUUAGGAUAAGGGCAAUUCCAUGUUUGCUUGGCCUGUAUGGAUAAUAAAUCUCUCAAGCCUAUUUAUGACAGGCCACUGACUCCUUCACCUUUUUUUAAUAAAAUGAGUAGCUGGUGAGUAGAAAGCCAUUUUUCCAGGAAUGGAAAGCAAGAGCAGGUUCUCUUUGUUCUGUAGAACACCUGUGGUUAAUGGUGGUGAAUUCUUACACUCAGAGGAGUUUCUGGGUGUGCACUUUGGAAUUGGGGACUGCAAUUCCCAACCUCUGCUGCACUGGCUCUUCUGCUCUGUCAUGGAUCCAGGUGCACAGGGGCAUUUUAGGGCAUAGAUGAAUAAUUUAGGCUGGCUGUUCAAAAAAUGCACAGCAGUUUGAUGCAGCUGUCCUUGAGGGCUUGUAGAGAUUCAAACUGUAGGUAUGUUACUGUGGAAUUAUGGUCCUAAAAUUUCCUUUUUUUUUUUUUUGUUCUUACUGGUCAUUCCCAUUUCUUUCACCAAAGAUUUCUUUUUCCUCUCACAUAGUCUCUACCUCCGGUUGCAAAGAGAUUAACAUGCAGCAGAGUUGUCUUUUUUUUGCAGGAACACUUGACAAAAUUAUUUUCUUUUAUGUCAGUGAGUUUUCCUGGAAUCUCAGGAUGCAAACAUAAGGAUCAGACCAGAAAUUUGUGGUGCUGGACCUUGGAAGCACUUCUGGAUGCAGCUGGCUGCAGCAACAGCAUCCAUGGGCAGCUCAUUCCAACCCGGACAGUUUGUAGGACAUCAGGAGACUUAGUGCCAGGAGGAAAAUGUAGGGAUUUCUUUUUCACUGCAUUUACUGGAACAACAAUGUGAUAAAAACCUCCAAAGUGUGAGGAAUAGUCUGGUAGGAAUGAUGGAGGAAUAUUUUAGCCAGGUAUUUAAGGACAUAGCUCGAGCUGUGCCAUAAGGGAAAGGUUUUCUGUUCUAAAGCAGAAAAUUUCUUUCUUUUAUGUCAGUGAGUUUUCCUGGAAUCUCAGGAUGAAAAUACGAGAAUCAGACCAGAAAUUUGUGGUGCUGGACUUUGGAGGCACUUCUGGAUGCAGCUGGCUGCAGCAACAGCGUCCAUGGGCAGCUCAUUCCAACCCAGACAGUUUGUAGGACAUCAGGAGACAGUGCCAGAGCUUUUCUCAGGAGGAAAAUGUAGGGAUUUCUUUUUCACUGCACUUACUGGAACAGCAACAUGACAAAAACCUCCAAAGUGUGAGGAAUAGUCUGGUAGGAAUGAUGGAGGAAUAUUUUAGCCAGGCAUUUAAGGACACAGCCUGAGCUGUGCCACAAGGGAAAGGUUUUCUGUUCUAAGGGAGAGGAUUAAAGUUGUUUGUCUGUCAUUAUCCCACUUUUCUGUCAGACUGCAAGUGGGGAAAUGCAGCCACAAUUCAAGCCCUGUCCCUGAGACACCAAGGUGACCCCCCAAAUGUGAGAGGUUUUGUGCUGCUUUUAAUUUUCAAGCUGUUCACUCCCAGUUUUCCCUGGUAAAUUACUUCUGGAGACUGCAGGGAACUCAGCCACGAGUUUGGAUUACAAGUUUAAAAAAAAAUCUACAAAAAGAACACCCCAAAAAUCUGACACUAGAAACUUAACACUUUAGGGAUAAUGGAUCUGGUGACUGGUGGUGUUUUCCAGGAGCAUAAAUUGGGUAUUAACCCACUGGAUUCAUGUGGGGAAAGGAUGAAGCAUUUUAUACAGACAGACAGAUCUUCAUGAAAAGGACUUUAGGACAGGAGCCAACUCCCUGCUCCUCCUGCCUUUUUAUCCUCACUCUGGCUAAAGAGUCCAGAAGAGCUUUUCCUGUUUCUCCACACAGAGCAUUUCCAGAGGGCAUUCCUCAGAGCUGGCUGGAAAAGUUGGAACAUUCCUGCUGCUUCCCCAGCACCCAACUGCUCUGUCCUGAAACAGAUCCAUCCCUGAGCCAGGGGAUGGCAGCCACAGCUCUGCAGAGGAGUGCUAGAACGGGGUGUCUGGAUAAUUGUGCAAUUAACAGAGUGGAGAAAGGUUAAAUUCAGCUUUUUUUUGAAUUGGUUUUCCUGAAAACAUUUCAGUAAAAUCAAAUCAGUCGGUUCAGUUCUGCCUUUGCCUAAACUUGUAUUUUUUUUUGCUUUGUGGAUUUUUGGGGAAUGUGGCUGAAUCCUCAGGUGUUUUCUGCCCAAUGACAAAGCUCUGCUUUGGUGUUGGUCUUAAUCCCUUUGCAACCUUUCAUUUUCCUGUAAUAGGUGUAAACCAUAUUAAGGAAUCCACAUGGAUUAAUCUGUGUGCACUUCAUAGGUUUGGGUUGGGGUUCCAGGAUGAAGCAGAACACACAGAAUUCGAUCUGUUUUUAUUUUUAAUUUGGUAUUUAUCCCAUGUCCACACAGUAUUUAUACAGUUAAACAUUUUCUCUUGGCAAAACAGCAAGAGGAAUGGAAUAGUUUACAUUGAUCUCAGUGCUUUAAGAUUUGAUAAAAAAGAAUGACUUGCAGUUUGAGAACACAAAAUCUGACUCAUAAUGUGGGAUUUUUCCUGUAUUGAAUCAAAUCCCCAAAGAGAAAUCCAUCUCUUUUUUCAGCUUUAAACUGGUUAAUGUGGUUUGAAUUGCAUCUUGUUCAUUCUGUCACUUUGCAAGAGAAGUCUUUUGGAAACCCUUCUCCUCACCCAGCAGCUCAGCACAAGCAAAUUGGCAAAGAAUAAACUUCAAUAGUUUCCAGAUUUGCUUACUCAGUGCUUAGUCACUUUAUGAAGCUGGUAAUUCUCUGGUUUCUUUUUUUUUUCCCUUUUCUCCCAAAGACCUGUUGAGUUUGUAGAAGGUGGGCUGGUACCUUUUUAGACAUUUUUGCACUGUAUUAAUAAUUGAACCUGUGUAAAUGUGUAUAAAAUCACUUUGCAUGUAUAUGUAUAUAUGUACAUACAUCUAAUAAAUGGCUUUUUUU